AUGACAUGGAGCACAAGAAAGCAGGAUUUCUCCUCGGGCGUGUUCACUGCACCAUUAUGGCCCUCGGCCUAUGGGACUCGGGUCGCGCUGUCGCGUUCGUUCUUGGUUGCAGGAAUCGGUGUUUUGCUUCGCAUGUUCUGGGUAAUGUCUGUCCUCGUGUAUCGCACUGUCAGAGGUGAGCGAUCGGAGAAGAUCAGCCACGGGUACAUCAUGUUCGAACAUGAUGCAGAGACCCACUUCGUGCCUCCUCCUGAAUACACUGACGAGAAUCCAUUCCUUCCCCUUAAGCACUUCAUCUACAAACUUCCUGUUCAUUCGCUAAACAAGCUCGAAUCCCUUGCUCUGGCGUCCCAUGACCUUACAAUUUCGCCUGCUGUUGGCGUCAGUGGCUGGGGCACAUCAUCUACCGCAGUCGCCCCCUUCAUACGCCCAACGAAUUUCUUGUUCCUCUUCGAAUCUGGAAGCACCUCUCUCACACUCCAGUUCAGAGCCCGUCUUCCUUAG